AUGUUCAAGCAAGCUGCGAACCAACAGUUGCUUCAGAACGUGUCGGCAUGUUGCAUGUACAUCGAAAAUGACGACUGCUGGACUUCGGCGGUUGUUCUGACCAAAGAGUACGCUGUUACUGCUCUUCACUGCAUUCCGGAUUCGUUCCGAAAAAUUGGUUCAUUGGUGAUUCUUCACGAUGCGCAUGGACAGCAGCACAAUGGUCAAAUUCAUGGGAUGAACGAGAUCUCGGACUAUGCCGUCAUCAAGAAGACUGAUGGAGUUUUUGGAAGUGUACCGGAAUUGGCCAGUCCGAUGCUGCUCGAUAAAUAUAUUGUUUUGGUAAGUAAACAAACAUGAUUAUUUAUUUAGAUUAAUUAUAAGCAUAAUUAAUAGGACGAACAUUGUAAAAUACUUUUGCAAGUCACCAUUUAUAUUAAUAAUGCUUUAUUUUCAGGGAUUCACUUUCGGUGAAAGAAAACCAUCAGUUCGGCUUGGUCACAUUUCUUCACUCUCUACUGGUACCAAAGGAUUCUUCUACGGCGAUUCUGGUAGUCUCCCCGGAUUCAGCGGAGGCGGGGUUUUCUACGAAAGAAGCGGCGCACUCAUGGGAAUCGCUCGAGGAUGCGAUUGGGAUGGGAAGGUAACGAAGCAGUAUAGCGACGUGUUGGAAAUGAUCUCAGCUCAAGGUGAAUAUAAAUUAAAUAUACAGUCUUAUAUAAAUUUCAUUUUUCAGUCAUUCUCGGUCACGUUGAAUUGUUCAGACACCAGCCGUUCUCCGUUUGA